AUGGAUUUCCCUCGCUUCGAGAUGCCCCUUCAGGUUGUGAAAGUGUUCUCGCCUGCAAGGGAUGAGAAGGACAAUUUGUGGGCGUCGGCAACGUACACCAUGCGUGGGCAGCAAUGCAAGGGGAAGAUCGUCAUCCCCAACGGUACACUGGAAGAGAUGAGGGCCCAUCCUGCAUACGCUCAUCUCAUGCAGCUGUACCGCAGCGGCGAGAACUUCCAGUGGUUCGAGGUUGCCGGUGUCUUCGAAGCUCGCGGGUACCAGAGAAGUGGUACCCACAGCUUUGCUGUCAGUGUCAGGUUGGUGGUCGAGACGAUGUCUAGGAUCGAGACGUCGGUGGUCCGUAAUGAGGAUCUGCAGGAAGUUCCGGUGAAGACCUUCGAGAACAAGGUAGACGCUGGAGUAGGGGCUGGUAUGGUAGCGAGAGUGGCAGCGGUGAUUGGGACCUCUUCCUUUCAUGCCUCUUCCUCUCAUGCCUCUUCUUCUCAUGCCUCUUCCUCUCAUGCCUCUUCCUUUCGUGCCUCCUCCUCUCGUGCCUCCUCCUCUCGCGCUCCCUUUUCUCGCGCCUCCUCCUCCACCAAUGUAUCAUCCAAGCAGCCAUCACUACUACAAAGCCCUCCCAAUCUGUCGUUGUUGUCGUCGCCAUCGACUUCAGUCUCGCCCAUCAACCGAUCGCAGAGUCGUAUUUCCAUCCCCAUGCCAAGCCGAUUCAAGAUCGUUACAGAGCAUCCAAACAUCCCCAAGUCAGAAAGAACGAGAACCACGAGAACCACGAGAAGCAUGACAAGGAAGAUGGGAAAGGUUGAGAAGAAGGAGAAGGAAGAGGAAGAAGUCAAGGAGGAGAGGAAGAGAAGAAGGAGGGAGAAGAGGAGGCAGGGAGGAGGCAGGGAGGAGGCAGGGAGGAGGCAGGGAGGAGGAGGAGGAGGAGGAGGAGGAGGAGGAGGAGGAGGAGGAGGAGGAGGAGGAAAAACUUUUGGAUAG